UAUGGUUAAAUAAUAAAAAAAAUCGAAUAUCACUGUUAUUCCUCCUCAACCAGAUUUCUAAGAAUAAGAAAUUGAAUUAUUAUAAGAAGAUCUUAAUGAUGAUUUAAUUAAGACUUUAUCUAAAGCAAACACUAAUUCUAUUGCCACAAUUGUAUAAAUUUAUUUAUUUACUUUUAGAAAGAAAAAGAGAAAAAGGUUGUGGAAUUCAAAUCAAGAGUUCUUGAAUUAGUUGAGAUUUUUGUUUCAAAUACUAAGAACCCAUCAAUUUUUAUUGAGAGAAUUUAUCCAUUCAUUAAAAUGAUUAGUGAUUUCAAGAAUCCUUAAAAAAUUUAGUAUAUCAAUAGAGUAUGUAAAUUAAUACACUAAAUCAUACAAAAAGGAGAUUUGGGAGAGCAUAUUGAUAAUAUGAAAUAGUGUUGUGAAACAUUAAUAACUUAUUUACAUAAAUGCUAAGACAAAUCUAUUAAUAAAAGAUUCUUUGAAUUACUUGAUCUUAUUCUAAAAUAGAUAUCAUAACAUGAUAAAAAAGCUGUUUCAGAUAUCAUAGUCAAAGGUUUAGUGUUAAUGAGAAAGAACAGCAAUAUUUAAAUGUAAAAUAUUAGAAAACUAAUAUUCAAUUAUUAAUUUACACUCAUUCCAGUCAUACUUAAAUUAUGUCAAUUAAGUGAAAUUAAUGAGAAUUAUGAAAGAAGCAAAUAUAAUGUAUAUUAUACACUCAUAUAAUUUAGUUUAGUCAUCUUUUAUUCACACUCAUUUAGAAUGAAUAGAUAAAGAAAAAGAUAAUAUCCAAGGACAAAAUCAAACAAGCAAUUGUUAAAUUAGCUUAACAUACUCUAGAGAAUUAUGCUUAAUAGAACUACAAAAGAGUAGCAAUUUUUAGAUAAAUUCUAUUGUCAUACAAAUCAUUAGAAUUAAAUGAACUAUAAGAAUAGAUUUAGACAUUCUAAUCCGAAGAUUAAAAUAUCUAACACAUCAUUACCAAAUUAUAAUGA